CCGGCCGGCACGCAGAGCUUUCAUACAGGAGCCCUGACCGGACAUAGCACGGAGCUAGCACGGACAUAGCACGGAGCUAAUAUCAGGCAUUACAUACUCCUUAAACGUGCAUCAUGAGUGUUUGGACUCGGGCUGGAGUUGUUGGAUCGGUCAUCUACUGUCUGCAUAGAAAGAAUACAGCAUAUGCUGAUAUAAAAAGGGGCAUCGCCAACACUGACAAUGAAUACCAAGAGUAUGAUCUGAAACUGGUACAAGUCAUAUAUCGACAUGGAGCACGGACACCUCUCAAACCCAUUCCACACAAGGAGCAGGUUGAGUGGUCUCCAAAAAUGUUAGAAGCCCCAGAUUACACUCAGAUUGACUACACUGUCACAGACCUUGUUGGAGGUCCCAAACCACAUUCUCCGUUUGAGGAGCGUUACAGGUCUCACACGUUGAAGGGAGGCACAUUCCCAGGACAGCUCACUACCAUCGGGAUGGAUCAAAUGUUUAAACUUGGAUCACGGCUCAGAAAAAGCUACAUUGAGGAAAAAGACUUCCUGUCUCCAGGAUUUAAAUCAUCAGAAGUCUUUGUGCGUUCUACAAACAUUGUCCGUAACAUGGAGUCGACCCGCUGUCUGUUAGCCGGACUAUUCAGGCAGCAGCAGGAAGGGCCUGUGACGAUCGUUACUGCCGAUGCCACCAAUGAAAUCCUGUAUCCUAAUUACCAGGGCUGCCAAGCAUUGAAGCAUAUGAUUGGUAACAAGAUGUCUCGUGCUACGUCCCAGCCUGGCAUGUCAGAAGAUUUGACAAAGAUCCACAAAGAGAUGAACAUUGACCACGUGAAGGGUGCUGACUUCUUUCUGCUGCUUGACAAUCUGCUGGCUCAAGAGGUCCAUGGCUUCCCCUGCUCAUUGAAGGACAAACCCCAUCUGAGGACUACAGAGCAAAGAGCAAUUGAUAUUCUCUCUUAUACAAUGGGACAUCGUGAUCGGGAGAUAUUAAAGUUAAGUGUGGGACCCUUCUUACAUGCUCUGCAAAGUAACAUGCUGGACACAAUAGAACAUGCAGACACGCAGUCCAGGAAACUCUAUCUCUAUGCUACUCAUGAUGUGACCAUAAUACCAAUUCUUAUGGCUCUGGGGAUCUUUAACAAGCGGUGGCCUCCAUAUGCGUCUGACUUAACACUGGAACUGUAUCAGCACCAGGUAUCCAAAGAAUGGUUUGCACGGCUCAACUACAAUGGCGAGGAGCAAAUCGUAAAAGGAUGUCAAGCAGGACUUUGCCCUUUAAAGGAUUUUCUAAGGACACUCUCUGAUUAUGUUGUCACCCCCGAAGAGUACAGUAAAGUCUGUUCUGAUAAGGAAACCCACCACACGAAAGAUGCAAAGAAAUAGCGAUGUCAUCCCACGUCAACCACCAAUGCUGCUUCUAACUGCAAUUUACUGCCUCAAAAUAUGAUCAGGGCACCUUCACUGAACAUUUUGGAAUUAUUUAUUGAACAUGGAUAUGACCAAAAAAUGUUUUAUAAAAGGGAAAAACCUUUAAUUUUUAUUUUUAUUAUUUUUUUUAUCUGAAACUGAACAUUGGGUUUUCUACAUUAGUUGGGUCUGCGGAUAGUACCACAAUAAUUGGUAUUUUCUCAGGGCUGUACAGUCAAUGUGUAUAUAUAAUUGGUGCUAACACCGGUAUGAACAUGGUAUAUGUCUAAUCACAGUAUAUGUAUAAUAACACAAUGUACAACUCCACAUUGAUUCGUACUAUCAACCAUGAAAGUAAUUGCGCAAUAAAAUGACUUCCCUGUUGAGAUCG